AUGGAUGCUUCACUACUUGCGGACCAAAGCGGCUUGUCGGAUCUGUCAGCGGCAUCCAUCGACAAUGGCAGCCAUCUCCUUGACACUCACUUGCCAUCACUUGCAGCGCCAGCAUCGCCAAGGUCGAACUCAGCUUCAGUCCCAGUCCUCGCCCCACCUCUUCCCAAUGCAACACCUGGAUCGAGCCGUCUCAGUACGCAUACGAUCGGCAAGUCAGCUGCCGCUUGGACACCAAGCCCCGAUGCCGAUGCUUCACGUUCCAAGUCCAACAGUCGAUCGCUUCAACCCUCUUCUCCUAAACAUGCAAGGGAUGCCGACACAAACGAAAGCAUGGGCUCAAGCUUGGGUACAUUCGACUUUAGUAAUGCCUCCUUCAGCGAUAGUUUCUUUCGUCGUGCAGGAGCACGUAUGCUGGCAGGUCUAGACGAGGCACCACUACCGCUGCCUUCGUCUACGUCUUCCUCACCCAGGUAUCGCAACUCCUCUUCACCUACAGUCACAGCGAAACCUAUCCGCCCUGUUGAUCCGAGAACGCCUUUCACGGGCAAGAGUUUGCGCACCCGAAUGGCCGAAGCGGGAAUGCUCGACAGCCCGGCUUCUUCAGAUGGCAGUAGUCCAGCUUCGAGCCCUUCCGCGCGUACGCUACCGGAGGGCUACCAUCGUACAAUUUCUACUCAUCACGAAACAAGUGAAAAUGUCACUAAGCAAUCAUUUCUGGAUUCUGCCCAACCCGAUCAGUUGUCGACGACAGACUCACCAUCAGUGGACCGGCCACCACACGGAAACACCGAGUCCCCUAUCCAUCGCCCAGAAUCGACAGAAACAAACAGCUUCGGCUUGAGCGCUUCACAAAAGUGGCAAGAAGGCUUGUCCAUGGUUCCAGAAGAAUCCUACAUCGAAGACGCAUCUCAGUUUCCAACUUGUCCUGUUGAGCUGGACCACACCUCGCCUUUAGCCCGGCUUGUUGAUGAAGAAUCUACGCAAUCGGCAUCGCCCAGUGAUAGCGUACAUUUCAUGACAGGUACAUCGUCCUUCUCUGUUUCCGUUGAGGACCACGAUUUUGCUUCAAGACAUGGCACAGAGCCGUCGAAACCAGCAUCAUCUCCUGAGCACAUUGACGAGAAUAGCCCUACGCUGUCGCAUAGCAAGACUUCGGGAGUAGAGGAGGACCAAAGAUCACCCAAAUCAGACUGCCAAGCCAACCAAUCCAUGCGGGAUUCUGCGCGACCACGCUCGUCUCCAGCUGUUCGCGCUCCGAGCACGCCGCGCUCAUUUGCUAGGCUCCGAGUCGGAACGCCCGCCAGGUCUUCGCCUCUAUCUCGCGUCGUCAACUUCUCGCCUUGCUCGGCUGGUUCAACUACAUCCCAAUGGCAGAGUUCCGUUAGUCUGAGGAACGAUGCUGUAUCCUCCCCACCUCCUUCAGCAGGCGGUCUCCAUGACGCAUCCGGUUCCCCACAAGACUACUUAUCGUCAUCCCCGAAAAAUGACCAACUCGAAUCGACUGACGGCGAUCGACGGUCUCAUAUUCACACACCGACUGCCACAAUAUCUGCUCUUCAGUCAACUAUAAACCCAUCGCAACAGUGGUCUCCGGCAACAUUGGCAUUGAUCUCAACUCCUGCAUCACAGCGUGCCCAGCAGCUGUCGGCACCGGCAUCAGCGGGGGCAUUCCAAACACCGCUCGCUGCUGCUUCGGCAGGAUCUGCAUCUGCUUCGCCCACAGAUGAGUUUGGCACACCUCAAUGGACGCCGUCUCUUGCGGCGUUGUCUGCAAGGACCGAGUCUAGGCAAGCCGAGGACGAUGCUGCGAGACCAGAUGCCAGCGCCAAAUCACCGGCUGAAGCAGAGGAGGAAGAACCUGCUUCGUCUUCUGCCUGUUCGUCUGCUUCUGUUGCCUCGGAAAAGAAGCAAGGCGGUGAUCUGUUGACGUCGUGCCAGCCUUGCGCGGACGCCUCGCCAACGGAAGACGCUUCGUCUCACAGUGCCAAGAAGGACCAGAAGGUCGACGGAUCUCUCACAUCGACGAUGCACCUUGACUCGCCGUCAGCAGCGAGGUUCUCCCGUAUGCAGCUUUCACGCAUCUCGCCUCCCGCUACGCUCCCGACCGAACUGGCUGCGGUGCCGGAACUCGGCUUGGUAGCUACAGCUUUCGACUCGCUCGGUCAUCUAUCUGAUUCGCGCGUCUCUCGGCUGCUUUCUCAGCUUUGCGCCUCGACGGCUAGAAUCCAAGAGCUGGAAGAUGCGCUCGAGGCGCAGGAAACGGAGCGGGCACAAUUACAGCAAGUACGGUCGGAUCUGUCUGAGCUGUCGAUGCAGUAUCAGGAGCUAGUGCAGGAAGCCGAUGCCAGAGAUGCAGCCGUGACAGAAAUGGUCAAGCAGCUUCAGACGCAAUUGCACGAGAGCGCAAGCGACCGGGAGCAAGCGCUGGAACAGCAGUUGGCCGAGGAACGCAGAUCAAGAGAGAGAGAUCGACGCGACUACGAGGUUCGCAUCCAGGGGUUGCUCAGCCCGAACACUGACGUCUUGAAUCCAACGCAUGCCGGCGGAGAUGGGCUAGCUUGCGAAAACGAUGCGCAGUUGCAUGCGGUAAUAGAGCAAGUCAAAGAGCACGUAAGGCUUACCUUGGAGAAGGACUUUGACGUUCGGCGUGUCAUGGAACAGCGAGACCUUGUUGCCAAAGUGGAACAAUUGCAACACGAGCUAGCUUCCGUUUCUACUGCGCGCACUCUCACGAGCAGUUCUGAAGUACAGGCUGAACUAGAACGCCAGAUCGACGAGCUCACCUCGCACCUCGACCGUCGAUUCGAAGAGCUACAAGACCUUCGUUCCGAGCUCGACACGAUCGCAUCACAGAAACAGUCUGCUGAAGAACGCGUAGCGAGGCUCGAAGAGGAGCUCGACACGGCUCGUUGCAACCUGCGCGACGACAGCCAUAUCACCAGUAGCACUAGUAGCGCGAGCAGCAGCACGAAGGAGCAACUUGCGCAACAAGUCGAUACGCUUCAAACCACGCUCGUUGAGAGAGAAGCGCAGCUUUCAAGGCUGCAAGAGACGCUUUCGCUCACCGAAAACCGACUCGUCUCGGUCUCUGCUGAACACAAAACGCUUGUUGAGCAGCACGCUCUUGUCGUGCAAACGCUCGCCGAGCGCGAUGCACACACCACGCAGCUGGAAUCGCAUGUACUGACGCUGGAAUCGCAACUGCGUCUCGGAACCGAGGCAUGCGAACCCACACCGGCUCUACCGGCUCAAGCGAAAGACGCAGAAACACGAGCAGCAGACCAAAUUGUACCACUGCAACGCCAACUCUCAAGUCUACGCUUACAACUGAUCAAGAUGCAGAAAGCCAACGCUGGAUUGCAGGAGGACAAUGUGAAUUUUUCCAUCGCGUUGAGCGCCAAGCAGUUGGAGCUGGGGAUGGUGAAGCGCAAUGCGAGAUUCGCACUAAAGAGCGCUGCCAAGCACGUCGAGGCGGCCGGAGACAGUGCUGGGUGUGCGCGCAGUAAGCCACUUGCCAGCCAGGCCGAGGCGCCGCACGAGGCGUACGAGCCGAUCGUGUUCCCCGUCGCACCAACACGCGCACUUGUGAGAGAUACCAGCGAGCAGAUCAAGGAGAACGCGGUUCCGCUGCAAGUCGAAGCGAAUCCCGCAAGAUUGGCCGCAAGACACAUGCUUGCCCAGCGACGCGCGCUGUCCACCACCGAGCAGGGCCAAGCGCAAGCUCGACAUACAAGACGCCGUCAAUUGGUUGCUGCCUAG